GUAGUCAUUAUAAGCACCUUUUGUUUUGAAAGAAAAUGGAGUCAAUCAAGAAUCAGAAAGACCAAACCAAGCUAACAAGCAAAUCCAACAAUUCUUCCCACUUUGUCUGGCUACCCGCUAAGUUUGAAGACGUAGCAAUUUUAUUUUCUGUUUUGCUAUUUUAUUCUUCAAUGCUUACUUUAAGUUUCAAUUUCAUGCGGUUCUUUAACUCUAACAUUGGCAAGAAUUACAUUUUCCUUCUCUGCAAUGGGAUUCUUGUUUUUAUCUUCAAGAAUUCUGGUCUGAUUGGCAAUUCUAAUCAAGAAAGUAGUACAAUUAAGAAACCAGAGAAAAGAAUGGUCAUUGAAGUUAAAGAAGGGCAAGAAAAAGAACUGAACAAGUCUUUGGUUAUGCUAGGAGGAACGGGUAUUGUUCCCUUUUCCGCCCAAGAUGAAGCUGACAAACGAGAAAAUGAGAUUGUUAUCGUUCAUAAAGAAGAAGAAGGCGAAGACGAAGAAGAAGACAUUGGAUUGCUGAGUGUAGAAGAGUUGAACAAGAAAUGUGAUGAUUUUAUAAGAAAGGUGAAAGAAGGGAUCAAUUUUUAAAGAUAAGGAACAUUCAAUAUCAAUUAAUGGGUAGAUUUUUUUUUUCUUUUCAUAAUUUAAAUAUGUACAAUUUUGAAAAUUACGGAAUGAGAGCUGGCCACGGUCAGAUUCAAAUCGGGAUUGAACUAGAACAGAAUAAAAAAGUGAUCAGUUUGGAAA